CCUAAAUCCGGGCUGUUCGUGUACCUGCCAAACACCAGUGUAGUGUAAUUUGCCUAUCAAUCAGGGACACGAUGCGAGAAAUGUCGCUAGUGUAGCUUCGUUAAUAGUUAUUAACUCCACCGUAGAAGUAGUAACAUCGAAGAAUACAUACUCCUAAUCGUAUUUUAAAGUAUAUUUCCAUAGUUCCAGUUUUCACUGUAGUAUUUGUAUGGGUCUUCUUUGAACGAUGAAAGUUCCCCGCAAUACACUUCCACAUGCUGCCACGACAACCACUGUCAACCACAAGCAACCGUGUCAAAAUUCUGGCAUUGUGUUACAUCACUACGUUCGGGAUCUUAGUACGUUUAUGGUAUGUGUUCUUCAUAGACAAAGGUGUGGGUGUCCUGUGCUGUUCGUACAUGAUUCGGUGGGAAUGAGAGAGUUUGCAAACUUUCAUUGAAUCAUUUUGGAUCCAGAAGAGAAAGAUAUUUCUCAGGCACACGUUGGCAGAAUUGUGAAAAUGACAGAUGAAUAUGGAAUUUGUGGACCAAAUAAGAGGAAUUCAUACGAAUGGGAAAGUACUAGCUGCAGGUCAGCGUAUACUCCUGAGUUGUGUUUAUUUAUUUACAAACAUCCAUUUGUGUGGAGGAAGGUGAACAUUACAUUUCAAUAACUAAUAAAUAUACGAUCAAUAUGUCUGGUCACAAGCAUACAUGCCAAGGCGAUCACGAUCAUGAUGACACUCCAGAAAUGGGUUUGCAGUAUAGUCUGUACAACAAAAUAGACACAGGAAAUUUGGAAUGUUUGAAUGAGAGGGUUGAAGGUUCAGGGAAAGAUGUUUUUAAAGCAUGGGAAGAACGCCUCAAUUUUGAAAAGUAUGUGGAAAGUGAUGUUGAUGAAGAAUUAUUGUUUAAUAUACCGUAUAAAAAUAGGCCUCAUAUGACAUUUGAUGAUACUUCUAUAGCUCCUGAUCAAGAAUUUGAUCUUCAUCCUGAUAACAAUGGCACCUUGGAGUAUGCCACAAAAGUUGUGAAAUUUUCAUCUGUAACACAUUUAACUCUCCAUUUUCCUAAAAACUUCGGUGGAGAGACAACAAAAAUAUAUUACAUUGGACUACGGGGUGAGUUUACAGAAGGCCAUCGACACGGUGUGACAAUUUGUACCUAUGAAGCCAGACCAAAUGUUUCAGAUCAUAAGACAGAUCUUAUGGAGAACAUUUCUCAUGAAAUCCAGUAAAAUACUGUAUGCCUUUCUUGUGUUAUAAGACUGUGUUAAUGUAUCUGUGAUUACAGUUAAUAAAAUAAUAUUCAUGAUUUAUCUUUUAUUGUUCUUUUUUCUUAUUUUUAUUAUCAAUAUGCAACUGUAAUGUGCUAGUUUCAAAAAACCAUUUACUAAAAGAUACUGGUGGAGUCUGGUUUAUUAGCAAAUGACAGCUGAUUUUCUGGCUCUGUAUUAUUGCUAUGUAAAUUAUGUUUAUUCUUAAAAGAAAAAACUGUUAUACACUCACAACAUAAUUCAACAGAAAUUUAAAAUAAUUUCUUAAAAUUGUGUAGUAUUGUGAAUGAGUCACAUAAGUGCAAAUAGCAACUUUAUAUUAAGAGAAUAUGUGGAAUUAAAGUUAUUUCUUCUGAUGUACAAUUCUUUGAAUUAAAGAUUUAGUAAUUGUUAUCUUAUUAAUGUAUAUCAAAGAUCAAAAGUAAUUUGAAAUGAAAGUUUGUACUUCUAUUAUAAGAAGAGUGCUAUAAAAAGUUGUUUGAGUCAAGUGCAAUAAUUAUUACCAGGGGUGGAUUUGGAUAACCUGAAAUAUUGCAAAAAAUGAUCUUAAAAUGCUUUAAAAAUGCCAUCAAAACAAAAAUAUGUAAAAAAUUUUAUUAAAAUCACUUCAGAUGAAGAACUGUUGGGU